GAAGAGAUCAAAGUUAUUGGAAGAUUUUGGUCCUAUUACAUUGGAUUCUUUAAAGAAAGGAAAACGGUUGAAUUCCAAACCUUAAGGUUCUCGGAAUAAUGUGUUCUGGUAGCUUUGCCAAAUGCCUUGGCAUCACUCUCAUUCCUCUUGCUAUUCUUUGCACCCUUGCAAAUAUUUUACUGUUUUUUCCAGGAGGGAAAACAGUAGAUAACAAUGAGAACAUCACAGACGAGGUGUGGUACUUCGGAGGGUUAAUGGGGUCUGGAGUUCUAAUGAUAUUCCCUGCCUUGGUUUUUCUGGGUCUGAAAAACAAUGACUGCUGUGGAUGCUGCGGGAAUGAGAGCUGUGGGAAACGCUUUGCGAUGUUCACUUCAAUUAUAUUCGCUGCAGUGGGACUGGUAGGAGCAGGAUACUCUUUCAUAGUGUCUGCUAUUGCCAUUGAUAGAGGUCCAAAAUGUUUGACUAGUGAAGGAUAUAACUAUCCAUUUGGUAGUGGGGAUUAUCUGUCAAACAGCACACUAUGGGAAGUAUGCAAAGGGCCUGGAGACAUUGUUACUUGGCACCUGACCCUCUUUUCCAUGCUGUUGAUAAUGGGCGCUGUCCAGGCGGUGCUGUGUGCAGUCCAGGUCAUUAACGGACUCAUCGGCACAAUAUGUGGAGACUGUUGUGGCUGCUGUGGGGGCGAUAGACCUGUCUAACUACACUGUAUAAAAAGAAGAAGGCGUGGAACAUUUCUCAUUGUAAACAAGCUUAUAAGUCUCAUAUCAAAAUGUUAAAUUCUAUUUUGCUAUUCCAGAAAUGUAAUAUUGUUUCGGGGCAUUGUUUUAUACUUUGUUGGAGGAUGUUUGUCUUAUGAUAACAGAUGCACAAAAUGAAUGCCAUUUUAUAUAUAUAUAUAUAUAUAUAUUGAUUAUUACAACUUUUGCAGAUUUACCUUCAACUUUUAUCUGUUGGAGUAUUGAUCUGAAUACACUUCAAAUUACAGGUAUACAAACGACACAUAGUGGCAUUGUAGUUACCAUUUACUAACAGUUACUCUAUCCAUUUAGUACACAAUUCUAUGACUGUGAGCAUGGAACUCCAACAUUAACCACAUGUGUUUAACAAAGUAGUAAAUAAUGUAAGUAAAGUGUAAGUGUAGCUACAGUCUAGUCAUUGGACUUGUAUUUUGAAGUGUAUCCAAAAAUCUUCAUCAACCAUUAAAUAACUCUUAAACAUACAAACAUGCUACCUUUAAUAUUUUGUAUUUGUAUACAGAGAAAAGGCUGCUGACUAUUUUAUUACACAUUCAGCUAUGUACUUCUAUAUGGCAUGUCUUAUUCUUAACAUUUAUCACAAAUCAUUUAGAAGAGAUUAGUAUUGGAGGGUUGUUUCCAUGUUCACACAUUUACUGUGUACCACCUCUGUAAAUUGAAUUGCAUACCUGUGUAAGACCUGAGAUUUUCUUUUUAAAUAAAUAUUUAUGUCAACAACAA